AUGGCUUCAGCAAUUAGAGAAAAUAGUAACCAAGAUCACCGUCAUGAAACUGAAGAAGAUCGAGUUAUGAGGAUACAAGGACAAUUCCGUAAGACGAAACCAACAAUAUUUAAAGGUGAACCAAAUCCUAUGGCAGCUGAAGAAUGGUUGAGGCAAAUUAAGAGAAAGAUGGAUAAUCAAAGAAUUCUUGCAGACAUUAGAGUUGUUAUUGCUUGUACCUAUCUGGAAGGACAAGCAUACCUUUGGUGGGAGUCAAUUCUGAGUAUGCCAGAUACUGAAAUUACAACUUGGGAGGCAUUCGAAAGUGUUUUCUUGGAAAAAUAUUUUCCAAGUACUAUGAAAGCAAUGAAAGCAAGGGAGUUUGUUAACCUUGUCCAAGGCAACUUAACUGUUGAUCAAUAUCAAUCUAAGUUUGAAGAACUCAUGCGUUUUGCACCAUAUAUGAUCCCUGAUGAUGCAACAAAAGCAAAACGAUUUGAAGAAGGAUUGAGACCAUCAAUUUUGGAAAAGGUUGACAUUUUGAAAUUAAGCAAGUAUGCUGAUGUGGUUGAUAGAGCACAUAUAGCAAAGCAAAGACCUGGAACUAAGAGAACUUGGGAUUCAAGUAGUGGACAAGUAAAUAAACGGACAAGAUUUAAUACUCCUCAAUCCCAAGAAAAGUUCGGACCACCACUAUGUUAUUACUGCAAACAAGUGGGACAUGUAAAGAGAUUUUGUCCACAACUACAAAGAUAUCAAGGACCUCAAAUACAGCAGACAUUAUAUCGUCCUCCACAAGUACCUUUUCGUGCUCCACCGCCACCUCAAAGUUAUACUACUUUUCAACCUCAGUCUAACUGGGCAAGGCCAGUUACUAGUCAAUCACCACAACAUCCAGGAGGACAAUCUUCCCAAAUUAGACCAAGGGUCCCUGCAGCUGGAAAGAAAUCUGGACCAUUCACACAAGGAAGAGUAUAUGUUAUGGGAAAUGUAACAGAUCAAACUGAGCCUAAGACAAUAGAAGGUAUGUUUUUGGUAUUCAACUCUUGGGCUAAAGUGUUAUUUGAUUGUGGAGCUACACACUCUUUUAUAUCCACAUCUUUUGCAUCAAUGCUUGAGUUAGACUCUGAAAAUAUGAAACCUUCUUUGUUAAUUGGAUCUCCUUUGGGUGGUAGUCUAGAAGUUGAUAAAGUAUGUAGAUCUUGCAUGAUAGAGAUGUUGGGCCAUAAAAUUGUUGUUGAUUUGAUGGUAUUGGAAAUGUUGGAAUAUGAUAUUAUUUUAGGAAUGGACUGGCUUACACGUUACCAAGUUACAAUUGAUUGUGGUAAAAAGAGAAUUACCAUCAAUACUCAUAAGGAAGAAACCUUUAGCUUCUUUGUGAAAAAGGAAAGCCAGAAAUAUGGUGUUGGGGAUUAUAAAUAUUUGAGUCAGAUAACUAGAAUCGGAACUGAAGAAGUAGAAAAAUCUCCAAUACAACUUAUUCCUGUGGUAAAGGAAUUUAGCGAUGUUUUUCCAGAAGAAUUGCUCGGCUUACCUCCAGAGCGCGAAGUAGAGUUUGCUAUAGAAAUAUAUCCAGGUACAACACCUAUUUCUAUACCUCCUCAUCGCAUGGCCCCAGUUGAACUGAAAGAACUUAAGAUACAACUCCAAGAAUUACAAGCAAAAGGAUAUAUCCGUCCUAGUACUUCACCAUGGGGUGCACCUGCUCUCUUUGUGAAAAAGAAAGAUUUAACUCUUCGAAUGUGUAUCGAUUAUCGUCAAUUAAAUAGGGUCACCAUAAAGAACAAAUAUCCUUUACCUAGAAUUGACGAUUUAUUCGAUCAGUUAAGAGGUUCUCAUUUCUUUUCAAAAAUUGAUCUUCGAUCUGGCUAUCACCAACUUCGAGUUAAAGCUGAAGAUAUACCCAAAAUAGCUUUUCGAACUCGAUAUGGGCAUUAUGAAUUUGUAGUUAUGCCUUUUGGAUUGACAAAUGCACCAGCAGCAUUUAUGGAUAUGAUGAACCGAAUUUUCCGACCUUAUUUAGAUCAGUUUGUCAUCGUAUUCAUUGAUGAUAUUCUAAUAUAUUCCAAAUCUCAGGAAGAACAUGAGGAACAUUUGCGAAUCGUUUUACAAAUAUUAAGAGAAAAUCAAUUGUAUGCAAAGUUGAAUAAAUGUGAAUUCUGGUUGAGACAAGUAAAGUUUUUAGGACAUGUAAUUUCCAAUGAAGGUAUUUCAGUUGAUUCUUCCAAAGUUGAGGCAGUGUUGAAUUGGAGUCAACCAAAGAAUAUCUUGGAGAUACGUAGUUUCCUUGGAUUAGCUGGCUAUUAUAGGAGAUUUAUCAAGGAUUUUUCUCGAAUAGCUGCACCAAUGACCAAGUUGACCCAGAAAGGAGUGAAAUUCAUAUGGACUCAAGAAUGUGAAAAGUCAUUCCAAGAAUUGAAAACUCGAUUGACUACCGCACCAAUACUGAUUAUUCCUGAAUGGGACCUAGGGUAUGUGGUUUACACUGAUGCAUCUAAACAAGGGCUAGGAUGUGUUUUGAUGCAAUCUGACAGAGUAGUAGCUUAUGCUUCUCGUCAACUGAAAAAUCAUGAAAGAAAUUAUCCAACACAUGAUUUGGAGUUAGCAGCAAUUGUCCAUGCUUUAAAAACUUGGCGACAUUAUCUGUAUGGUGAAAGAUUUGAGCUUUACUCUGAUCAUAAAAGUUUGAAAUAUCUUUUCACUCAGAAAGAGCUUAACCUGAGACAAAGACGAUGGAUGGAAUACUUAGAAGAUUACGAUUUCGGUCUACAUUAUCAUCUUGGAAAGGCUAAUAUAGUGGCAGAUGCUCUAAGUAGGAAUACACAUGGAUUUGUAGCAGGACUACAAAUUCAGAAAUGGAAGAUGAUGAAUUGUAUUCAAGAUUAUAAUUUACAUGUGAACGUACUUGAGCAUGGUGCUUAUCUUUAUAACCUGGUAACAAGACCAACUUUGCUAGGAAAAGUUGUUGAAAAACAACAAGAGGAUAACUCCUGUAAAUCAAUUCAAGAACAUAUUUUGGAUGGAGAUAAAAUAGAAGGUUGGACCUUUCAUGAAGAAGAUGGUUUAAGGUAUUUAGGUAAAUUCUAUGUACCUGAAAUUCCAGAAUUAAAGAAUGAAAUUCUUCAUGAAGCUCAUUACUCGUCCUACACUAUUCAUCCCGGAAGUACAAAAAUGUAUCAGGAUUUACGUCGUCAGUUUUGGUGGAAUGGUAUGAAGAAAGAUGUAGCCAUUUUUGUAUCAAAAUGUUUGACCUGUCAGCAAGUGAAAGCUGAACAUCAGAAACCCGCUGGCCCUCUUCAACCUUUACCUGUUGCACAAUGGAAAUGGGAUCAUAUCACAAUGGAUUUUGUCACAGGUUUACCACGAUCACCAAGAGGUAAAGAUGCAAUAUGGGUUAUUGUAGAUUGUUUAACCAAGUCUGCACAUUUCAUAUCAGUCAAAACGACAGAUUCCACAGAAACUCUUGGGAAAUUAUAUAUUCAAGAGAUAGUGAGAUUACAUGGAAUUCCUAUUUCUAUUGUUUCUGAUAGAGAUUCAAAGUUUACUUCUCAGUUUUGGGGUGCUUUGCAAAAAAGCAUUAGGAAGUCAAUUGAAUUUUAG